AUGAAUUAUAAAGUCGGCCGUAAAGUUGCAGUUUCAUUGAAUAUUCAUUUACUGGAGAUGCUGAAGUUCUACGCAAGAUUUGAGAUCAGUGAAGAGACUGGGGAUCCUUUGACAGAUCAUGACAUGACCCAGUUGCAUUAUACGAAGAUUACGUCUUUGCAGAGAGCAGUAUUCGCAAAGUUCCCGGACCUCCGGAGUUUCGCCCUGGCGAACGUAGCGAGCGUGGAUACGCGUGACGCCCUCCUGAAGCACUUUGGCUCCCUGAGCCCGGAAAAACUGAAAGCAAUAGCGAGUUAUCUGAACCUCGUUCCCCCAGAGGACCGACUGAACGACGAGAACUGGUACCGCCUGGACAUGGAUUUCCUCCAGGAGUUGCUAGUUUCCCGCCACGAGCGUCGUGCCUCCCAGCUGGAGGAACUCAACGAGAUGCCCCUGUAUCCCACCGAGGACAUAAUCUGGAACGAGAGCAUCGUCCCCACAGAGUACUUCUCAGGCGAAGGCUGUCUAGCCCUUCCCAAGCUGAACCUCCAAUUCCUCACUCUCCACGACUAUCUCCUUAGAAAUUUCAACCUCUUCCGUUUAGAAUCGACGUACGAAAUUCGACAGGACAUCGAAGACUCGGUGUCUCGCUUGAGCCCCUGGAAAUCGGAGGACGGUGGUGUCUACUUCGGUGGUUGGGCACGAAUGGCUCAACCCAUCACUCAAUUCGCGGUCGUGGAAGUGGCAAAGCCCAAUAUCGGAGAGAAAAGACCGUCGAGGGUUCGCGCUGAUGUGACGAUCAAUUUGAGUGUCAGGAGGGAAAUAAAAUCGGAGUGGGAGAAUCUCCGAAAGCACGACGUGUGCUUUCUGCUGACUGUCAAGCCUCCUAAUCCCAUCGGUACCAAAUACAGCCACAAGGCACCAUUUGUGCCCCAGGUCGGGCUGACGUACGUAAGAGGCUGUGAAGUUGAGGGAAUGCUUGAUUCUAAUGGAAGAGUUAUUGAGGAUGGACCUGAGCCCAGACCUAUUCUUCCUGGUGAUGCCAGGACUUAUCGAGUCUGGCUUGACUCUAAUCAGUACAGGAUUGACAUGGAUAACGCCAGUCAUGGAUCCGAAGACGUCUACGAGUCUUUUAAUAUAAUAAUGCGCCGCAAGCCAAAGGAGAACAACUUCAAAGCCGUCCUGGAGACGAUUCGCGAGCUGAUGAACACCGAGUGUGUUGUCCCAGACUGGCUCCACAACAUAAUUCUGGGUUAUGGAGAUCCUGGAGCGGCUCGUUACUCCAGAAUGCCUGAUGAGAUACCGACGAUGGACUUCAACGACACCUUCCUGGACAUUAAUCACCUGCGUUCGAGUUUUCCAGGGUAUGAAAUCAGGAUAAAGCAGACAGAUGACGAGAGAAAGCUGGAGCGUCCGUUCAGAUUGACAUUCGAGGAUGUUGUGGCGAAGCAGGAGAACCGAGAGGAGACGAGAGUAAUUUCAGUGGAGCCCCACGUGCCACCCAGCAGAGGCCCUUACAAAGCGAAUCAGCCCAAGAAGAAUCAGAUACCUUUUACUCCCACCCAGGUGGAAGCUAUUCGAGCAGGAAUGCAGCCAGGUCUUACUCUGGUGGUGGGACCUCCUGGAACUGGAAAAACUGAUGUUGCAGUUCAAAUAAUUUCAAACCUCUACCACAAUUUUCCUAAUCAGCGAACCCUCAUCGUGACUCACUCGAAUCAAGCUCUGAAUCAGCUUUUUGAAAAAAUUAUGGCACUGGACAUUGAUGAACGCCAUCUUCUGCGUUUGGGUCACGGUGAAGAGGCUCUGGAGACUGAGAAAGACUUCAGUAGAUACGGAAGGGUCAAUUACGUGCUGGCAAAGCGUCUGGAUCUCCUAAUGGAUGUUCAACGUCUUCAAGAGUCUCUGGACGUCAAGGGAGACGUGGCCUACACCUGCGAGACUGCUGGCCACUUUUUCAAGGAUCAGGUGAUCACCCGUUGGGAGAAAUUCGAGGAGGCAAUUCACCAGAGAUCGGGGGAAAAUAUUCUUGGGAUCGUGGACGAGGAGUUCCCCUUCCACAAGUUCUUCGACAAUGCACCCCAGCCUCUCUUCAAGAAAAACCACUAUGACGAGGAUUUGGAGAUUGCCAGGAGCUGCUUCAGGUACAUCGAGAGGAUAUUCACGCAGUUGGAGGAGUUCAGGGCAUUCGAGCUCCUUCGAUCAGGCCUCGAUCGAUCCAAAUAUCUUCUUGUUAAAGAGGCCAAGGUCAUUGCCAUGACUUGCACCCAUGCCGCCCUGAAACGUCGUGAACUGGUGGACAUGGGAUUCAAGUACGAUAAUAUUCUCAUGGAGGAGUCUGCACAGAUCCUGGAGAUCGAAACAUUCAUUCCUCUGCUUCUGCAGAAUCCACAGGAUGGAUACAAUCGUCUCAAGAGGUGGAUAAUGAUUGGAGAUCAUCAUCAGUUACCUCCAGUCAUCAAGAACAUGGCAUUUCAGAAGUACUCGAAUAUGGAGCAGUCGUUGUUCGCCAGGUUCGUUCGUCUGGGAGUGCCAACUGUGGAUUUAGAUGGCCAGGGGAGAGCUAGACCUAGUAUUUGUGAUCUCUACAACUGGAGGUACAAGAAACUUGGAAAUUUGACGCAUGUGGAGCGAUCACCGGAGUAUCUAGUGGCAAAUGCUGGAUUCUUGUAUGAUUUUCAACUUGUCAACGUCGAGGACUUCAAUGGAGUUGGGGAGAGUGAACCGAGUGCCUAUUUCUAUCAGAAUCUCGCUGAGGCUGAGUACUGCGUUGCGGUUUUUAUGUAUAUGAGACUGCUGGGAUAUCCUGCUGAUAAAAUAAGCAUCCUCACAACUUAUAAUGGACAGAAACAUUUGAUUAGGGAUGUUAUCAACAUCAGGUGUGCAAAUAAUCCACUAAUUGGAAGGCCUAGCAAAGUGACGACUGUUGAUAAAUAUCAGGGACAACAGAAUGAUUACAUUUUAUUGAGUCUCGUGAAGACCAGGGCUGUGGGACAUCUCAGGGAUGCCAGACGUCUCGUUGUCGCCAUGUCUAGGGCUAGAUUGGGGCUUUAUGUGUUUGCUAGGGUGUCACUCUUCAAGAAUUGUUUUGAACUCACUCCUGCCUUUGAUCAGCUCAUGAGAAGACCUCUUAAACUCCAGUUGCUACCUCAUGAGGGGUAUCCUACACAGAGGCUCAAUGAUGAAGAACCCAGUGGACCUCCCAUGGAAAUUCAGGAUAUGCCACAUGUCGCAAAGUUUGUUUAUGAUUUUUAUAUGAAUAAAGUCAGUGGGAUGAAAGAGGCGGCCAAGGGUUGGGCAAAACCUGGGAGCAUUCAGGAAGCUGUUGGACCUGAACAUCAUGUGCCUGUUCAUCCUGGGGCUGAUGAUGGGGGGUCUGAUGACGAGGAGAGUCAGAGGCCAGAGGCUGGGGAAGAGAACAGGGAAGAGGUACAGCCACAGGAGAUGCAUCAGCCUAUCCAGAAUCUUGUGGAGGAACCCAUGGAGGAAGGAUGAAAUAAUUUCGAAAAAUGUGUGUGGAUAAUGAUCGGAAUAUUAAAGAAUUUUCAAGAACUUGGACGGGAUGUUUUUUUAUUGGAGAGUACUGAUGAUUUUU